AUGGCGGAUCCACUCCUGUCUCAGAAGGAUCUCCAGCAGCUGCGGGAGACCUUGCGCAAUGACCUGCAGCAGUUGCUGGACCAACAGACGCGCAGCUUGGAGCGCCUGGUGAAGGAGUCGCCCAAUGCGCCGCGGCUCUCGAAGAUGCUCACGCCUCCCAAGAGGCAAGAGGAGGUCAAUCCUUGGAACCCGGUGAAGAGCAACAAGAGACCUUCGGAGGAGAAGGAGCAUCCCUUAAGUGUCCCCAAGAUAGAUGAAGACUUCCCAGUCGAGGACACGGAAGUGCUGACGGACGUGCUUCCGGCGGUGACGGUGCGGAAGCUGGACUUGGGGCCCAGCAAGAAGCAGGAGAGCUGGGGAAGCCCUGAAAGAGCACCCGAGACCGCCGCGCGCGAGGGCCCGCGGCAGUCCAUGUUUAUGCGCUUCAAGGAGGGCGUCCAAGACUUUCUUCAGCAACCCGAAAGAAGCAGCGAGCGACAGGCGCAUUUGGUCCGGAGGAAGAAGCCGGGACUCUACGGUGAAGACGAACAGGAGGAGAUGAAGCUCGACGAGGAGGCGUAUGACGUGAUGAACUUCUACAAGCGGCAUGGCUGGGCGCAGGCGUUGGCCCGCUCCGAGCGCUUCGAGCGGAUCACGCUCUUCAUCAUCAGCAUCAAUGCCAUCUACAUUGGCAUCGAUGCCGACAACAAUACUGCACCCACCCUGAUCGAAUCACCUUGGCCUUACCAACUCUUCGACCACCUCUUUUGCAUCUUCUUCUCGUUUGAGUUGGCGGUGCGCUUCAUGGCCUUCGAGAACAAGCGGAACUGCUUGCGGGACGCGUGGUUUGUCUUCGACACCAUCUUAGUGAUGUUGAUGGUCUUCGAGACUUGGCUCCUCAGCAUUGGCCUCCUCAUCGCUGGCGCUGCGGAGAGUGGCAACAGCCUCCCCACUGGGCCUUUGCGCCUGCUGCGGCUCUUGAGGCUCUCUCGUUUGGUCAGGAUCUUGCGAUCUCUUCCGGAGCUGUUGACCCUGGUGAACGGCAUGCGGGCGGCCUCACGCGCAGUGACCUCUGCCCUGAUGUUGAUCCUUGGCAUGAACUACGUUUUUUCCAUCGUCAUCAACAUGUUCCUCUCCGACGUCACUUCCUCAGAGGUCAUCGUGCAGAAGUUCUCCACGUUGGGUUUGUCCAUGUGGAGUUUGCUGCUGCAUGGCACCCUGCUGGAUGGCAUCUCUGAUAUCUUGGAAGAAGUUCGAGCUCUGGAAACACAAGGCGGGGCCGAGUCCGAGGACGUCUAG